UCAUAUAUAUAUACAUAUAUAUAUCUUUGCCUUUCAUUCGCACUUCCUCUGCAGCGGCAGCAGCAGCAGCAGCAGCAGCUGGCGCUUAUUGCAUCCAUUUCCUGACGCGCCACUGCGGUUGCCAAUUACCCAAUGACCAAUCAGUGCAAUCUGCAUGGACACGCUUCACUGGAUGCAUGGAUGCAGAUGCAGAUUUAUGGAUGGAUUGUAUAAAAAGGCAGGCAGGUCUCUGGCGCAGCGCUUUCAUUUGAAAUAAUGUUGCUGGUGCUGGUGUUGAUGGUAAGCGCGGUCGUCGGCUACGAUCACAGUGUCAACUAUUGGCAGGCCUUUGCUCCCGGUAAGCUGCUGCAGCGCUUGGAUGCACUCACCUCGCCCACGACGGGUCAGUUGAACGUCUCGGCCGCGGAGCUGCCACAUGCGCAGCCCAAGCUGGAUGAAGAUGCGGAUACGGUAGAGGAAACGGAUGUUGAUGUCGAUGUCGAUGUGGAUGCCAUUGAACAUGAUCAUGAUUAUGAUGAUACUGAUGAUGAUGACGUGGAGGCAGAGACAGAGGCGGAGGAGCUGGAGGCAGACAGUCACAGCGCUGAGGCUAACUCUGGCGAAGAUUACGAGCGCAACUACGAACAAUUUGUGCGCCAAUACUUUGAUCGAGCUGCUGACGAUGAUUAUGCUGCUGAUGAUGACGAUGCCGUUGACGAGCAUGCGAAAGACGUGAGCGUGGAGACGCAAGCGGAGGCCAGCAACGUGCAGCCCGAAAAGAAACUGAAGAAGCUGCAAAUGGAGGAGAAGCAAAAGCAAAAGCAGAAGGAGAAGGAGAAGCAAAACUGUCGCCACGUCCAUCGCCAGGGACAGCUAUGCAAAAUAUGCCGCGAGAAGCGCAACAAUGAGAUCUCCGAGACAUGCAGCUAUUCGCACGAGGCACAGCCGGAGCAAUAUGCUUACGGCAGUGGCACCGAAUACAAACGCUAUCGGGAUCAUGAUGAUGAUGAGCGAACAAAACGACGACGGGGACGUCACACAAAAACCAAGCAGAAGGAGAAGCAGAAGGAGGAGCAGAAGGAUAAAGUGAAGGAGAAGCAGAAGGAGCAGGUGACUCCCAGCAGCAGUCUGUGCGAGCGUCGCCUGGUGGGCAAAAGCGUCUGCUACGAGUGCAAGGAUAGUGGUGGUCAGAUUUUGAGACGCUGCUAUGAUGCCGCCACAAGUAAGCAGAGCAGGAGCACAGCCAAUCUGCCGAAUGCCAGGGAAUCCAAGCAGGAGCAGCGCAUUUACAAGCGAACCAUUAGCUACAGCUACGCGCAGGGCGGCAAUCAUGCAAAUGACUAUAAUGAUAAUGACAACGAUAAUGAUGACAUCAUAAUGACCACAACACCACCCAUAAAACCACCCACAACACCACCGACAACAUCACCCACAACACCAUCAGCAACAACAGCAGCAUCCACUCCGAAUGUGAGCCGCAGAUUGGCCAGAAUAGUUCGUAGACGUGUCGGAAUCCCAGCCAGCAUCGCUAUUUGAAUAUUGCUUUGAUACUAUUAUUAUUAUUAUUAUAAUUUUUUUUUGUUUUUUGUUUAAGUUAAUCAACCAAUUAUGGAACAAAGUUAGUUGCCACAAUCUCGAUUAUUUCUUUGCUACUAUUUAAGCCUUAAUAAAAGAAACCAAUUUUCUGAAA